AGAGCUCUGAUCAUAAAAUCAUUGUUUGUGCUCAAUGCCAGAAAAACAUUUUUAGACAAUUUUAGACUCUUGUGACAGAAAGUGGCAAAACAGAGGCAGGUUUGAUUAUAAAAAUGAAGUAAAUUAAUGGUUGGAGUAAUAUUUUGUGUUUAGAGGUUAAUUCAUUGUUUGAUAAAUUCCCCACUUGUAAUUAAAAAGACAGCAUUGGUGUUGUAGAAAGACCAAAGACAAAGUGAACCACUUGAAGACAAGGCAGGGUGCCAAUUAUUUGUCCUUGUAAUACUAUAUUCAUGCAUGUCCAAUUCACAUAUUUAACGUCAAUGUCUCCAUGUAAUAAAUCUAUUAUACAAUUGCUAUCCACUCUACUUUUUUUGAAGUCUCUUUAACUUUAACGCUUUCUUUGAGAUUUAAGUUCUAUUGAUAAUAUAUAACCUUAAUAUAUUGUACUGACACUAUCAUCACUCUUUGAACUGAGACAGUCUGUUAUUAUUUCUGACCAAUAAGUUGGAGGUUAGACAAUUCCAAAAUAUGUGAAAGGCUCCGAAGGGAUAAAUGAUUACAUCGUCUCGAACAAUGCCCGUAGUCUGGUUUGACAUUCUGUUAAUGUAUUGUCUUUCGAGUGAUGAAAAACCUGAUGAUGUUCUUCCAGCAGAAUUAUCUCUUUAUUGACCUAGAUUGAACUAGAGGUAGUGAAUUGUGUUUUACAUGUUUAACCAGUGAAGAUCAAAACACUUACUGUUUCCAAAGUCCUUCAUCCUAGUCUUUGUUGUUAUUGCAGGCCUUUUUCUUGUUUUUACAGUCUGCCUUGUUUGAGCUGGCCUUGGCUCAGUUCCAGGGCAGCUGUGACCACAGCGAGAUUUCCAUCCUCUCGAACAUCCUGGAGAGCAACUAAGAUAAGCUCAUGAGAGAAAAGACUGACACUUCAAGAGAGGGACCUGAAUUGGUAUCUCAUCCUGCGGACAUGGAGGGGUUCAGUGACAAGGUUUUCUUCUGCAGGUGGGUGCGCCACAGGGUUCCCCUGGCCCACAGAGAGGAACUGUACCACAUCCUGAGGAUGACAGGGCCUCUGCUGCUGUCUCGAAUCCUCAAUUACCUGCUUCCAUUUGUGGUUACAAUGUUCUGUGGGCGUCUGGGAAAUAAGGUGAUGGCUGGCUAUGGAUUAGCUUCUGCUACCAUUAAUGUUACCACUGCAGCAACAGGGUAUGGUCUGGGACUGGCAUGUGAUACUUUGGUAUCUCAGACAUUUGGUGGUAGGAACCUGCUGCGGGUGGGAAUGAUCCUUCAGCGGGGCAUCAUCAUCCUGCUGUUGUUCUGUCUGCCCUGCUGGGGCCUCCUCAUUAAUGCUCAGGCCAUCCUGUUAUGCCUGGGCCAGGACCCUGAGGUGACCAGAAUAGCCCAGCUGUAUAUCACAGGCUUCAUUCCUGCAGUACCAGCAAUGUUUCUACAUCAUCUUCAGGUGUCUUACCUGCAGAAUCAGGGUAUAAUACUGCCACAAAUGUACACUGCUGCCAUGGCAAACAUAGCAAAUGUGCUAACAAACUACAUCUUUCUUUACUGGCUGGAUCUGGGUGUUAGUGGUUCUGCAGCAGCCAAUACUCUGUCUCAGAUUUACAUCUGUGCUUUUCUGUUUGCUUACAUUUGGUGGAAGAGGCUCCAUGUAACAACAUGGGGAGGCUGGUCUAUAGAAUCACUGCAGGAGUGGGGCUCCUACAUGAAACUGGCCAUUCCCAGUACAUUAAUGAAGUGCUUUGAGUGGUGGGUUUAUGAGUUCGGUGGAUUCUUUGCAGGAAUGCUGAGUGAAGAUGAGCUGGCAGCCCAACAUGCUGUGAUAAUGGUGGCCUUCAUAACCUACAUGUUCCCUCUUGGUAUUCAAGCUGCAGCAUGUGCACGCGUGGGAAAUGCUCUCGGUGCAGGAGACACUGCCAGGGCGAUCCUCAGCAGCAAGGUAUCCCUUACUCUUGCAGGUAGCUUUGCAGUUGUUGAAGGUACUGUUCUUGGCUCUACUAAAACAGUGAUUGGCUUUAUCUUCACCUCUGAUGAGAAGAUCGUAAGUCUGGUCUCGCACUUGAUGAAUGCUUACUGUUUCCUUCAGUUCUUUGAUGGACUUGUGUGUGUGUGCACAGGCAUCUUCUUGGGCACAGGCAAACAGAAGAUACCAGCUGUGGCUAAUCUCAUUGGAUACUACGGCAUAGGACUUUCACUGAGUGUUACUUUGAUGUUCUUCGCAAAACUGAGAGUUCUAGGUUUUUGGCUGGGAUUGCUCAUUUGUGUCAUUUUGCAAUCUACCUUCUACAUCAUUGUCAUCUUUAAGCUGAACUGGGAACAAAUGACAGAGGAGGCUGUGGACCGAGCACAGAAAAACACUCACAUGACAUUAUUGAGCACAGAUGUCCUGUCAGACGCUGCAGAUAACAACACUGCUGACCAGACAGCAACUAAUGGGAGUUCAGUGGAUGGCUACAUGUCUGUGAGCACUGAGCACCCUGAUGGGACCAUGGAGACGCAGGUUGGACAUGGGGUCCAGCAGCUGAAGGGUGGCCCUCUCUCCACCACCCAGCUGAUCCUCAGACGAGGUCUUACUAUGUUUGCAGCAGUUGCACUUCUGGUCGUGGGAGUGAGUGUGCACUUCCUCGUGCCCUUGCCCCAGACCCCGCUUUCAGAGGCCAACUUUACUUUGGACUGGAUUAACACUACAUAUACUCCUGAUCAAAUCUUCCCCCAUGCAUUGGUCCCAAAUGAAGAGUCAGAUUGACUUUUACAGUCCAAGAUAACCACAAUGUUUCUGUUUAAUGUAUUAAAUACAGAGGUUGUCAAACUCUCUUUAGUUUGACUCAUUCUCUUUGGC